AUGCGAGAAUUCCUCAAAGAACUAUCGUUCCGGCGUCUUGUUGAUUCUCUCAAAUUAACACCGAAACAUCGUCUUCUCGAGUUCGGAGACAUUUGGGCGGAAAUAUUUCUCUGGUGUUUUAUGACUUCAAUUGUUGUGCAUUUAAUGGCAACUAUAAUUGCGGUUCGAUCCUUACGAAGUCAUAAGAUUGGACGAUGGUAUUCAGUAGUGAUUCUAUUGGCAGGAAUCAUCACUCCGAUUAUUCCAUCAGCUUUUACCAGCGCAUUACUUUCAGCGAUAUUCUACGCAGCUUCCGUGGAGAUUAAACCGUUCUUUUGUUUUUUACUUGGCGUGGGUCAAACUGGCAUUAUUCUUUUCUUUUCAUUUUUGAAAAUACUAUCCACAUUAUGA